AUGGCUAUUACGACGGAAACCCCCACGAUCGGUGUUGUUAUUCCAGCUGCUGGGCGCGGCACAAGAGCAGGUCACGGCUGCCAGAAGGCAUAUCGUCGAAUCGGGGGAGAUACAGUUCUCAAUCGCGUUAUCAAGCUUUUCCGGUCAUGGGACGCGAAUUGUCCGAUUAUCAUCGUGCAUCAUGAGGCUGAUACAUCUUUGCUGGAAGCUUCCAUAGAUCGUGAUUUCAAUAUAUAUUCUACGACGGGAGGCGUCGAGCGACAGUUAUCUGUGCUACAGGGCUUGCGCUUCCUCUCCUCCCUCCCGCACAGCCCGACCCACGUUUUCAUUCAUGAUGCGGCGCGUCCAUUUGCAUCUCAUCGUCUCCUCAAUGAUGUUUUGGAAUCAUUGAUCAACGAUCCCUCAACUGGUGUGAUACCUGCCAUUGCGGUUUCCGAUACACUGAAAAGAACCGACUCGAACGGGUUGAUAACGGCUACAGUUCCACGCGAUGAGCUUUUCCGCGCCCAGACACCCCAGGCAUUUGCACUGGAAACAAUCUUACAACUCCACGAAACGGCAACUACUUCUAAUUCUUCCUACACGGAUGACGCCUCGCUCUUCGAGGAAGCAGGACUACCAGUCCGCAUUGUACCCGGCGAUUCCCAAAACCUGAAAUUGACAUAUUCUUCUGAUUUCGAAGAAGGUGAACGACUGCUCCGAGCCAAUAGCCAGAUACCCGUAUCGGUACCUGACGUCCGCGUCGGACACGGGUAUGACACGCACUCUCUCGUCCCAGGUAAGGAGAUUACACUGUGCGGCGUCAAAAUCCCACACACCGCAACACUCCUUGGGCAUUCGGAUGCAGAUGUGGGUCUUCAUGCUCUGACGAAUGCGUUUCUCGGCGCGAUUUCCGCUGCGGACAUAGGAAGCCAUUUCUCGCCGAAGGAUGAACGAUGGAGGGGUGCUUCAUCUGAUCAGUUCCUAAAACAUGCGGUCCUACUUGUUAGGGAGGCUGGUGGUGUUAUUACACAUUGCGAUGUGAGCUUUGUGUGUGAGAAGCCGCGGAUUAGCGAGCACCGUGAGGCUAUGCGGGACUCGGUUGCUGGUAUUGUGGGAUUGGAUAGUAGUCGUAUCUCGGUUAAGGCGGGGACAAAUGAACGCAAUGGGUUUGUGGGGCGCGAAGAGGGGAUCGUGGCUUUUGCUACGGCUACGGUGGUGUUUCCAGGUGUUGUGCUGUAG